ACUUCCUCUGUGACAAUCAGCACUACGGACAUGAGUGUGAGAGCGAAUGUCAUUGUUCAAGCAAUAAAUCAUGUUUUCUAAACUCUGGCUGGUGUCCUAAUGGAUGCGAUGAAGGCUACAUAGGAGAAACAUGCAACACUGUUGCCAAGAAAGAAGAAAAAAUGUCACCUAUAGUGUACACUACAAUAUUGGCAGUUGGAGGUGGUCUGAUAUUUGCUGCAGCAGCAAUAAUCUGCUACGCUUGUUGCAGAAGAAAAAAAUCAAAAACACUGCCGGUCGAGGAAUAA